AUGGCUUUCAAUAAGAAAUACGCCGGUCUUCCUGACCUGGACCCUUCCCCAGAUAUCUAUGAGACCCCCGACUUGACCGACGAAGCAUCCACCGUCCCUCCUACUACCAUUCGCACAGACUCCGAUCAUGAUGACGCCGGCUCCAGCUCUGAUAUUGACCGCGAAGGUGUCAACGCGGACCAGGCACGUAUGCACUUCAUGGGCGCCGCCGUGGAUGCCCGCGACGUCAAUUUCUCAGAUAGUAUUUCCAUGAAGCGCCAGGCAUACCGGAGCAAAGAUAAGCAUCGUCGUCAUCGUCGCAGACGUGAAGAUGGCACAGAGGAGGUCGGUGAUCUAAGUGAUAGCGAGGACGAGUCGGUGGAGCGGAGGCUUGCACGGCUACGGAGAGAGGUCGAGGACCUCAAGGUGGAGAUGGCCAAUCGGCCCGAGGAACAGGAGGGUGGAAAUGAGCCAUCGCAUGGCACAUCUGGAGAUAAGCCAGGAGAGAACCUGGGUGAUGGUGUUGCGGAGUUGAGUCGCGCCUUGGAUAAUCUGCAUGCCUCACGAGGUGCGGCGACUCCGUCGCACUCGGCUGCCGCCGUGCUAUCCCAGAAAUUGGGAUCUGAUCCUCAUUCUGCUGCGCCUGCAGACGCAAAGACACAGCCUGCCAACACACCGUCAACAGCAGUCUCCGCGGUACCUCCAGCGGCUGCAUCUUCUACGGGCAUUCUCUCCCACGCAGCAGCAUUCGACAGCCGUCUCGCCCUUCUUGAAGCAUCCAUGGGCAUUUCCAGCUCCUCAAACCCCUUCAUCGCAGACGGCUUCGGCCAAUCAGCAUUGCAGCCCGUCCUCCCAUCCUUAGACCAGCUCACCUCUCGCCUCUCAGCAUUGACGGGUCUCCUCGUGGGCAACCCGGCGUCCGGAAACCCAGGCGCACGAGGCGCAGUGGCAGGCCUGACAACCCCACAUCUCGAAGCGCUCUCCACACGGGUCCGAAAGUUAACCACAGACGCUGAAGCCCUAACAACCGCCCGCAGACGCGCCAUCGACGCCGCAAAAGCCGCUCACAACGCGCGCAUCACUUCAACAAGCUCUGAAACCGACGCACCCGCAUCGGAACCUGUUCCCGCCGCGGACGACGAGCACGCCGCUAAAAUCCAAGCUCUCUACGCUACCCUCCCAACCAUCCAGUCCCUGCACCCGCUCCUCCCCAGUGUUCUCGAGCGCCUGCGCUCCCUGCGCGCAUGUCACGCAGGCGCAGCCCACGCCGCAGACUCCCUCAACGAACUCGAAAAGCGUCAUGCCGAGAUGGCCUCUGAGAUCGAGCAGUGGCGUGAAGGCCUCGAAAAUGUCGAGGAGAAGAUGCGCCAGGGCGAGGACGCUCUCCGCUCGAAUGUAGAGACUGUCGAGCCUUGGGUGCGGGAUUUGGAGUCUCGUCUGGGACGUCUUGAGGGUCCGCCUGGUGGACUGUAA